AUGAACCAUUUAAUACAAAUUUUUUCAAGAUCUAACUUGCACUGCCGAUCUGAAAUCAGCCGUCAGAUCUUGAAGACCUACAAUAUUAGAUCAAUAGCAAAUCUACCAAUUAUCUUCUUGUUCAUCUUCUGCCAAUCCGCCGGAAAUCCGUCGGAAUAUUCGCCGGAAAUACCGAAUAACCAAGAAGAAGGGAUUGAUCCCAAUGUUGAUGGCAACAAUGAAUUGAAUGCCCGGAGAGGAUGGGUUCAAGAAAAUGUUAACGGUGAUGAUGAAUUUAAUGGCCCAGAAGAAGGGGUUCAUGAAAAUGUUCUCGGUGAUGAUGAAUUGAAUGUCCCAGAAGAAGGGGUUGAGGAUAAUGUUGCAGAGGAGCAAGAAGCCCAUCCAGUCAGAAAUGAAGAUGCUCUGAAAUCCUCUAAAGAAGCUUCUCAGGGUAGUUCUGGUGAUGGGCCCAAAGAAACAGGGGAUCCUUCUGAUCGGAAUCCAGGGAAGAGGCCAAUGAGUGAAGGAGAAGGAGUUAAUCGUUCUGAAUUAAUCAACCGAUGUCGAAAUUCUGCAAUUGAUGAAGCAGCUGAAUCAUCAUCGUCAUCAUCAUCAUCAUCAUCAUCUUCUUCUUCUGCUAUCAGAGGUACUACCACCAGUAUGUCUCAAAGGGCUCUUGAAUUAUUUCACCAAAAAAUGGCGGAGGCUUUGAUGACCCAAAAGGGAAAACCGGAAAAGUCUUGGGUUGAAUGCGGGAUUUACUUGGAAACACUUCAAUGGCUUUUUGAGCCUUGUGUUUGGUAUAUGAUGAAAUAUUCCACUCAGGAGAAUACGAUUUUCACUCAGGUGAGUACGGCGCCAUCUCAGCCUCAAGAAUCUCAGAAGGAUUCUGUGGUCCCCAAGCGUCAUCCAUCGGAACAUGGCGUUGGUUCCAGAACAGCAUCACACCAGAUCACACCACCUUAG